AUGGAAAUGGAUUUGGAUCGUUUUUGUCGUGAAUUACCCAAAUUAGAGCUGCAUGCACAUUUAAAUGGAUCACUGAGUCGCUCUACAAUGCUACAGUUACAAAGAUACCAUGCAGAUGCAGGAAUAUCAGAUGAAACAAAUGCUUUCUUUGAUGAGUUCCAAAUUGGUGCAGGGGAUACUAGAAAUUUGUCUGACUGUUUUCAAGUAUUUAACAUCGCCCAUGCUCUAACAAGCACCCCAGAAACAUUGAAAUUAGCAACAACUUUAACACUCGAAGAGUUUCAAGAAGAUGGAUGCUGUUAUAUUGAAUUAAGGAGCACUCCUCGGGAAACAUCACAUAUGACGAAGAGGCAGUAUAUAGACGCAAUUGUACAAGCUAUGCAGUAUGUGUUAAUUUAA